AACCCUCGAUCUCGGGAUAGGUGGGAAGAAAAGGAAUCACUUGUUCAUUCAAAUCUCUUCUUCUUCUUCUCUCUCAGAGUGCAUUUCGAUUUGUCUUCUUUAACUCUCUCUGCUCAUGGAAGACAACGAGAACAAGAAAAGCGAGGGCCUUGGUCUGAUUGAUGUCGCUGCUGAGGACGAUAGCCUCCUCUUCUCCUCCUUUCCCAACCCCACCAGCUACGAGUUUUCCGAAGCAGAUGAGGAUGAAAAGUGUUUGAACGAUGGAAAGGAUCGAACUUUCUUGAGGGAGACAGAGUCCUGUGAUGAAGAGAUACUGGUAUCUUCAGUAGAAGAGAAGGAAGACGUGCUUCAACCUCGUGACUCGCCUGAGCCUCAGAAGGUCACCAAGAGUGGGAAGUAUAACUUGCGCAAAAGUCUUGCCUGGGACAAUGCCUUCUUCACUAGCCAAGGUGUUUUGGAACCUGAAGAAAUAUCCAGUAUGAUGGAAAGCAAUCAUAAGAGUGAGAGGAAUGGUUUGCCGACUAUUCAGGAGGAUGUUAAUAGAUCUACGGAAUCCAUUUCUACAUUUCAAAGUGACUGCCCUGUGGAAAACAGUCAGGAGUUUGUUUUGUUUGAAGAUGUAAGAGCGUCUAUUCAAAGGUCUGCUAAAGCUUCUGAUGCUCCUAUACCUGGAAAAGAUAAUGAACUGGGAGCAAUCGAAGUAGCAACCAGCCCAACUUCAAGUACAGUGGAGGUCAUUGCCUCUCAGGAGAAGAUGAAACCAAAAGCCAGUUCUAAAAAGCUGAGUAUUAGAGCAAACGGAUCAGGGAAGGCAACAAAACAGCCUGUUUCUGCUACAAGAGGUCUCAAUACAUCCGUUUCCAAGCCUACACCCAACAGAGUCGGCAAAGUCAGGCUCUUGUCAACUACACCAACGUUCAGGGCAUCCCUAGAUGUUAGCAAAACUAAACUCGAAAAAGAUUCCAAAUUACCUGCGGGUAAAGAGCCUUCGGUUCCUAGAAUACCCAUUUCACGAAGACCCACAUUCCCAAAACCUUCUGUGGUUAAGUCAACUUUGCGUUCUUCAGCUGCCUCAAAGAAUGAAUUGACAUCUUCCUGUUCUUCGCUAGAGAGCUGUGCCAGUGCUGCUUCAUCCAGCGCUUCUCACAAAUCUUCUCUGAAUCAGAUAAAGAAGAAGAAUGAUUCAAGUUCCAGAAUAGCAAAUAAAUCUACAUCUAGAGGUAUUAUGGGGCAGCCAAGAAUCCCACCACCCCAGCCAACCAAGAAGACAACCAAGUCCAACCUUUCCUCCGCUGGCUCUAUCAGCGACUGUUCAUCAGAGUCAUCACGAGCUUCUGCAACUAGCCAAACGGCUAAAAGUAUCCAGAAAGCCGUCUCUGGUGCAAAUGAUACUGUGAAGUCUCUCAAGAACUCUAAAGAUGCAUCUGUUGUUCAAGCUGAUGCUAAGGAAGGCACGAAACGAGUUUCAGCCAUCAAUGGUGGUUUGGCUCCUCCAGGUUCUAUGAAACAAUCAGGUCUCCGUGUGCCAACACCAAAAAUCGGCUUCUUUGAUGGAGGAAGACAGGGAUCAUCUUCAUCUGCUGGUAAGAAGGUUGGGAAGUCACCGGCACAAGAGUCGUCGAAAUUGAAAACUAAGGCAGCAGCUUCAAGGCUUGUCCCUGCAUCGUCUCCGAAACUGCAAAACAAAUUGUAUUCCAAGAACAAUGCAGAGGAUCAACUUGAGGGGUGAUGGAAUCAAGAUGAUGAUGAUGCCUUAAAGGAUUCAAUAGUUCUUUUAUAUAAUGGAGUUGUUUCUCUUAUUUUCUUUUAAUAGAACUUACCCCUUGAAUGUUAGAUUCUUAUGUAAUGUAACCCAUCCCUUAAGUAAGAACAGUAAUAUUAUCAGUUGUGCGUUAGAGAACUUAAAUUUAACUAGUUUAUAAGAUAUUGUUACUAC